UGAGGAAUAUCAUAGAUGGAACUAGCUAGAGAAGACUCUCCCAAUGAACAAUCAAACCGGCAGGAAGACGUCGCGAUGGAAAGCCGGAAGAGCCCCGCGAAAAGUCCACAGAAGCUUUCUUUGAUGUCCUCCCCAGUGCGGGCUGUAGUUCGCCUUCGGAGGACAGCCCAUGCUUUAAAAAAAUGCUACUUGCCCGGAGAGAAACUUCUUCAGAGGCAGCUUUCCCUGGGGAAAAGCAAAUUAGCCAGUGUCUCCAACCAAGCAUCUUUCAACAGUUCCCAGUAUUUCACUUUCGACCCUGCUGGCCCGUUCUCUGUGGCCAAGCCCAAACGGCGUAAGAAGAAGACAACGAACCCCCGAGUGUUAUAUCCGGAGAGCUCGAGGAAAUACCUGCCCACCGAGCACCGGAGCAGAGCCACCAAGUUCCUCCUCUUGUUCGUGGCCAUCAUUUGCUUCCAGAUCCUCAACGCCAUCGAGAACCUGGACGACAACCUCAUGAAGUACGACCUGGAUGGGUUGGAGAAGACCAUGGCUCGGGAGGUUUUCGGGCAGCCCGUGGUCAUCGAGAGGGUCAUGGGGUUGCUGAAAGACUACCUGGCCACCCACGUCCAUAACAAGCCGUUAGUCAUCUCCUUCAACGGCCCGAGCGGCGUUGGCAAGAGCCAUCUCGGCUGGCUUCUAGCCAAGCACUUCCGGUCGGUGAUGGGACCCCGUUCCGUGCUCCAUUAUUUCACGAUGCAUCACUGCCCUGCGGAGAGCUCCGUCUCCACCUGCCAACUGGAGCUAUCGGAGACCAUCGGAGACAUGGUGGCUCAAGCUGAAAUGGAAGAAAUCAUCCCUGUGUUUAUCCUGGACGAGGUGGAAUUCAUGCCCGACACUCUGUUGGAGACCCUGGGUGGGUUUUUCCAGAAGAACCAGACGAACGAGUACCUCAACGCUGUCUACAUCCUCAUCAGCAACCUGGGCGGCGAAGAGAUCACCCGCCACUUCCUCCAGAACGUUUCCGACGACUCGUUGCAGCCUCCGAAGGAUCUGGAAGAGCUUCAGGCCGCUCUUCGGCCCCUCCUGAGUGAGGUCCACCCUUUCUGGACUGGGGUGGAGAUCGUUCCCUUCGGGUUGCUGGAGAAAACCCACAUCUUGAGCUGUUUCUAUGAGGAGAUGAUGAGCGAAGGGAUUUACCCCAACACAAGUCACAUCGAAGUCUUGGCCGGCCAGCUCAGCUAUUACAAAAAGGCAGGGAAGGAAUUUGGAAGAACUGGUUGUAAACAGGUGGUCGGCAAGGUCAAUCUCCUAUAAGGAUAGAGGCGGGCAGUCCUUCCCUUACGACAGUGAACCAUCCGAAGUUGGAACGGCACUGAAAAAAGUGACUUGUGACCAUUGGUCACACAACCGUUGCGGCAUCACGCUGGUCACCUGUGAUCUGGCUGAGGCUUCCCCAGAGCCUGAAGCCAACUCCUUGUCCCGACAAAAACCCCUUUUAUUCAUUGACUGUGAAUUCUGCUCAUUCACA